CCGCUCGUCGCCACUGUAUUUAUUCGCGGAAAGCAGCCAUUGCCCUGUGUAGUCUGUACCUAAUCAAGCUCCUCCACCCUCGCUGCGUAUACGAACUCGCGAGCCGUUGUUUGUCUAGUGCAGGCAGGCUCUGCUCCUUGGCCAUUCCGGGAAGCUCUCCGUCUCUCGUAUAACAGAGGAUCAUGAUCAAGGUCGCGGCGCCGGAGGUGCAGCAGCCGCAGGCCGUCGCCGCAGCCGAGGCGGUCUCGGCGGUGGUGCCGGAGGCGACCAUCUUCCGGUCCAAGCUUCCGGACAUCGACAUCCCCAGCCACCUGCCCCUGCACGAGUACUGCUUCGCCAGGGCGGCCGAGCUCCCGGACGCGCCGUGCCUCAUCGCCGCGGCCACGGGGAGGACCUACACGUUCGCGGAGACGCAUGCGCUCUGCCGCAAGGCCGCCGCGGCGCUGCACCGGCUCGGCGUCGGCCACGGGGACCGCGUCAUGAUCCUGCUCCAGAACUGCGUGGAGUUCGCCGUCGCCUUCUUCGGCGCGUCCUUCCUCGGCGCCGUCAGCACGGCGGCCAACCCGUUCUGCACCCCGCAGGAGAUCCACAAGCAGCUCGUCGCCUCCGGCGCCAAGAUGAUCGUCACCCAGUCCGCCUACGUCGACAAGCUCCGGCACGAGAGCUUCCCGAGAAUCAGCACAAGCGGCGGCGACGACACGCUCACCGUGAUCACCGUCGACGACGAGGCGGCCACCCCGGACGGAUGCCUGCCCUUCUGGGGGGUCGUCGGGUCCGCCGACGAGGGCUCGGUCCCGGAGGUGUCCAUCUCGCCGGACGACGCCGUGGCGCUGCCCUACUCGUCGGGCACGACGGGGCUGCCCAAGGGCGUGGUGCUGACGCACGGGGGCCUGGUGUCGAGCGUGGCGCAGCAGGUGGACGGCGAGAACCCGAACCUGUACAUGCGGGAGGGGGACGUGGCGCUCUGCGUGCUGCCGCUGUUCCACAUCUUCUCGCUCAACUCGGUGCUGCUGUGCGCGGUGCGCGCCGGCGCGGCCGUGAUGCUGAUGCCCAAGUUCGAGAUGGGCGCCAUGCUGGCGGGCAUCGAGCGGUGGCGCGUGACGGUGGCCGCCGUGGUGCCGCCGCUGGUGCUGGCGCUGGCCAAGAACCCCGUGGUGGAGCAGCACGACCUGAGCUCCAUCCGGAUCGUGCUCUCCGGCGCCGCACCGCUCGGCAAGGAGCUCCAGGACGCGCUCCGUGGCCGCCUCCCGCAGGCCAUCUUCGGACAGGGGUACGGGAUGACGGAGGCCGGGCCGGUGCUGUCCAUGUGCCCGGCGUUCGCGAGGGAGCCGACGCCGGCCAAGUCCGGGUCGUGCGGCACGGUGGUGCGCAACGCGGAGCUCAAGGUGGUCGACCCCGACACGGGCCUCUCCCUCGGCCGCAACCUCCCCGGCGAGAUCUGCAUCCGCGGCCCGCAGAUCAUGAAAGGCUACCUGAAUGACCCCGUGGCCACCGCCGCGACGAUCGACGUCGAGGGGUGGCUGCACACCGGCGACGUCGGCUACGUCGACGACGACGACGAGGUCUUCAUCGUCGACCGCGUCAAGGAGCUCAUCAAGUUCAAGGGCUUCCAGGUGCCGCCGGCCGAGCUGGAGGCUCUGCUCAUCGCGCAUCCCUCCAUCGCCGACGCCGCCGUCGUCCCGCAAAAGGAUGACGCCGCCGGCGAGGUCCCGGUCGCGUUCGUGGUGCGCGCCGCCGACUCCGACAUCGCCGAGGAGGCCAUCAAGGAGUUCGUAUCCAAGCAGGUGGUGUUUUACAAGAGGCUGCACAAGGUGUACUUCACCCAUGCGAUCCCCAAGUCAGCGUCAGGGAAGAUACUGAGGAAAGAGCUCAGAGCCAAGCUCGUCUCCCCCGUCACUGCCUGAACAACUACUAUUACUACAUCCAAGACGUCAUUUUUGGACGGACGGCAAUUCCAAGAUAUACAUGUUUCGCCUUCUUUGUCAUUUGGAAGAUUGUAGUACCACGCGGAGUGUAUCGCCUGUGGCUGUUAGUGAGGCAUGGAGGAGGAAAGUUUUGUCUGUCCAUACCAUGUUUUUGUACGCUACUCUCUCCAUUGAGGAGCACCACUACCACACAUGUACUGGGUUCAUCAUGAUGUUAAUCAGGAUUGGUUCAUUUCGACCUCAA